GCAUUUGCUGUCUUGCAUCAGGGCUGAAGGCAGCUGCAGGGAUUACGUGGCUAUAAAGAUGGAUGGCUCGAGUAUUCUGCGACUUCUUUAGAGUAAAGUGCUUUCGGCAAGGAGAACUGCAGUGGGUUUGCUCAUGGAACUGGUCUGCUUAAGAAGGAGAGAAAUGGUUGAAUUGCUCCUGCAUGGAUCGAGAGCAGAGUCGGUCGUGGAGGCAAUGGAUGUGCUGUUGGAGUACCUCCGGAGCUUGCUCGCAGAAGAACAAGCCCCAAUCGCCGUUCUACUGAUGUGUUUGGAUGCAUUGGUGGAGCCAAACAGAAACAGCACGUACAGAGAAGAGGCGAUCAAGACCAUCGCACGUUCUCUGAGAUGCUGCCUGCCAGAGGACACUGCCGUGCCCAGCACUCGGAGAGCUCUGCUGCUGCUUCUCAGGCGACCUUCACGCAGAGGACUGGAUGCUGGAACAUGCCGGCUUCGUCGACCAUUCACGGGCCACCACUGCCACUUCUGAUGCUGUUGUACACGUACAGUGCUGCACACCCGGUCACCUUUUACACACAGGAAGGCACAGCACAGUAUCGACGAGUAGUUUCUGAAGUUCGCUUUGCGGUGCCCAGGACAAGGAAGCGGCCGAAAACGAUGCGUGGCUGAGACACGUGGCCGCGGCGCUACUCGGCAGCCGUAGCAGGAUCAGGAGACCGUUCCUGGAGGCGCUGUCCACGUGCCUGGGCUCCCCCGACGCCGACCUGGUGGGGGCGUGCCUGACGAUGGCCUGGUGGAGGUUAUCAGUGAGAAAGUUACAAAGGGUGCAGGGUAUUCUCCACGUCAGUGUGUCCAAUAAUCCUAAACAAGGCAAUAUGUAUUUGCUCUUUAUUAUCAAUUCAUGUGAAAAUCUGAAAGAACGUGGAACCUAAAACUAUUGUCUGGUGGGCUGGUGGCUGAUUUUCAUUCAAUUGGGCUGGUACACCUCUGUUUUGACUCCCAUACACCAAGAAUCGAGGGCGCCUGCAUCCGUGGGAGUAAGACUCUCCGGCUUUGAAGGAGGAGACAAAGGCCGAAGGGCAGACACAUUGCCUUCUGUUCAUGCUGCUUGAUGUUGAAACACCAACCACUCACCAGUCAUUUACUCUCUCACUUGCUCAUUGGAUCAUGUGCACCACCAUAGUUAGAAACCUUUAUGUCAUAGUUAGAGCAAUGCAUUGGGAUUUUUUUUGCUAUGCACAGAAUACGAAGGUUAUAUUAUCUCUCUAUAUUUUGAAUGGGAGUCAUUGAAGCCUAGGCAAGGUACUUGUAUUUGGAUCUGGCAUAAUUACAAUCAUCCUGUCAUCAUCAGUUUCACUCCUCUGGCUGCUCCUUGUGUGUGUGUCCACUAAUGCGUUCAGCAUUGCAACUGCUGCUGCCAAAUGCUGAGGCAGCAGUAUACAUAGCUGGUUCAGUUUGUGCAGCAUUCGUUGCCAACAUAGAUGGUCACUCUGAUAAAUCAAAUUGUAUGCUGUCAUUUCCUUGAAUUAUACUAGAAUAAAAUCAGAAGCUCACAAUGAGAUUUAUUGGUCUAAAGUGAAUCAGAAGUUAGUUCACAUAAAAAACUAUGACCAUGCAGUUACAUGUGUUGCAUAGCUCCAGAAGGUGGUAGCACAAAUCCCAUAGGCCCAGUAACCCAUCCAUAAAAGUUUUUUGAUUGAUUGCUUGAUUCCCUAUUCUCACUUGUAGGUUUUGAGACCGAACCUAUAUGUACCACCAAAACAAUAUCCUAAUUGCAAGGAAGGUGACCUUCCUCUCAUCAUCGCGAUUGACUAGCAACCAAUGGCCCUGAUAGGUGUUAUGCAAGUGUAGGGCGACAUCACUAAUGCUCGGACAACGGAUGUGGCAUUUCGAUGGAUGCAAAGCAGACUUGGUUGUUUGCGAUGGAGGCUUCGGAUAGUAAGAUAUCAUAUGAGUGCAAGAGAACUACUCCCACCAUUAACUAUAACAAAUUUUGUCACCAAAAUUUGGUGGCUGGUGGAUCUGCUUAAGAAUCAAAAGUCAGACAAGGUGGACAUCACCAUCCAACCGGAGGAGCAGGAAGCCAUGAAUGAUGUUCUAGCAGCCAGCACAAGAAGAGACCGUACCACUUCCUCGAGCCAAAUCGCCAGCAAUCCACCAUGGCUAAACCAGAGGGGCCAACCAUUGGCGUGAAGCUGUUUGUGGACAAAGAGAAGAAGGUGCUCUUUGCUGAGUCCAACAAGGAGUUCGUCGACGUGCUCUUCAGCUUCCUCACCGUGCCGCUCGGCACCAUGGUCCGCCUGCUGGAUAAGCAGUCUCAGUUGGGUUGUCUCGACCAGCUGUACAAGAGCGUGGAGGACCUCAACUUGGAGUACUUCCAAACCAAUGCUUGCAAGGCGAUGCUUCUGAAACUGCUCAACGCGGCUUCCGGCCACUGCUGUCGCCUCAAGAUCAACGUCGAUGGAAGCGUUCCAAGGGUGGUCUAUGUCUGCAAGGACACGCGGUGCAGCGCUCUCAGCGACAACGCGUUCAGUUCGUUCCCUGGCACGGUCUGCAAAUGUGGUAAGGUCAUGGAGUCCAUUGGACAGUUCCCAAAAUACGAUGGUGACACUGAAACCGCCGCCGCCACUUGUUCAGAGGAUGGAGUUUUUGUGAAAGGUUGCUUGAAGUUUAUCGUCACUGAUGAUCUCCAGGUUGCGCCAGCAUCUACCUCUCUUAUGAUGUCUGUCUUCGAGAAAUUUGGUGUGCUUGAUCCAGCUGUCCUAGAGCAGCAGGUUCUGCAGUUCAGUUCAGAAAAGAUAACAUGCUUGCUGAAGAGAUUGUUGACGUCUAAGUAACCUCUCACUGACCAUUAUUUCGAAGCUCCUGUUCCAUAAGAUGAUGCAAGCCUAGAAGUGCUUGUUCAGAACUUACAUCCUAAACAAGAAAACGAGGACCAGGUCUUGUGUAACUGAAUCUUGGAACAGGUUAUGGAGCUACAGAGGGCUGUCCUGCUGCUGAGUCGUACCACACUCAGCUCCGUGCUUCUGCAUCCUAAGAAGACCAAGAAUCUGCACCAUUACCAUCGCGUGUAUUAAAGCCGUCGUUGUUGCUUUACUCUAUGAUUAGCCACAAUAAUAACUAUGUAUGUCUGUUUUCCUGCUGGAUUUGUAAGUUUCAUUUUGGCCACUGAUAUUUGGUAACUAUUAUAACAGUUCGAGCAUAUAAUAAAUAUAAACAUUUGAUUCGA